UAUCUUUGAUAUUGCGGUCCCGUUCCCGUUUCCCGGCUAUUCACGACCGACGAAAAACAACUUAAUAAAUCAGCAGAACGUCACGUCGACGGUAACGUUCCAACCACCGUGCUCAACGUAACGUACUAGAAAUGGGACGGAGGAAAAGUAAAAGAAAGCCGCCAGCCAAGAGGAAAGCCAUUGAACCUCUGGACACGCAAUUCAACUGUCCGUUUUGUAACCACGAGAAGUCUUGUGAAGUAAAAAUGGACAAAAGUCGAAAUGUCGGCAAAGUUUACUGUCGAGUUUGCCUGGAAUCAUUUCAAACGACCACCAGCUUUUUGUCAGAACCAGUAGAUAUUUACAAUGAUUGGGUUGAUGCAUGUGAAGCAGCUAAUUAAUAAUGGGUUGCUACAAUAACCGAAUAAAAUGAAGCAGAAUGGAAAAUCGACAACAAAAAUAUCAAUACAGCUGAAGAACUAUGCAACAUUAAUUUUUUUACCAAUUAUUGUAGUCACUCUCUCUUUAUUUACAUAUACAAUAUCUUAAUUUUAAGUUUUCCAUGUAAGAUUUUACUUGUAUCAUACAAAUUAUGAUUGCCUUAAUUAAGAUAACAAUAUAAUAUUUAAAACUUAA